AUGUGGCUCCUUGUCUAUCUCAUGAACCGUGAUGAUUUCUCCGUCCUAUCUUUUGGAUUUGCCGACCAAAAUGUGAUUUUAUGGUCGCCUGUGAAGUUUGGUGGACUUCGGUCACGCCGUUUAGGAGUUGGCCGUGAAUGAGUGGCUGAAGGGGGGAUCCCUUUAGCUUCUCCAUUCUCCGGUUCAGUGGACUCUUGUGGUGGUGUUGUCGCCGUGAUCAUCUCUCACAUCAUCUUUGAAAACCAAUGCCUUGGGGAAAAGCUUCAUUGUUCUCUCAAGCUUCUCUUCAAUGAUUGGUCACCUUUAAGCUCCGAAUCUUUUGGUGUCUUUUGGAGCAUUCUGGAGCAUAUGGGACGUGAGGAGCAUGGAGGACUUGGCAUGGACGCAGCUCAACUGGAUACGCAAAGGAAGAAGGAGGAAGCCAUCUUGAAGACCAGCUCGACCAUCUACUCGACCAACCGGUCGAGUUCCUCAACUCGACCGGCCAAGCUUCAACUCGAUCGAGCUGAGAAGUCAAAGUCAAACCCGAAAAAUGUUGCUUCCCCCUUGACUUUCCUUUGA